CUGUUGUAACGCCGAUCCCCGCCCCCCAGCCCAGUGUUUUGGGACAUGCACACAAGGGUCAAAAUACCUAAGUGGCGUUUUUCUGUCGGCCACAUCCAGGGCUGCGGUACCGGGGCCGCUUCUUGUCCCCCAGGCCGGCACUGUGCGCGGCUGCCGGCUCCUAUAUGACCGCCUCGUCCCCAUAUACAUGGAAGAAAGACUCCGGGAGGCGGCUGCUCUGGGAGACCUGGAAGAAGUCCAGAAGCUGCUGAGCGCCGGGGCGGACGUCAACAACCAGAAUGAGAUCAACGGAUGGACCUGUCUCCACUGGGCUUCUAAGAGGAAUCACCUGCGCGUGGUCACCUACCUGCUAGAGGCCGGGGCCGACAAGGAGAUCUUCACAAGCAAAGGGGAGAGAGCAGCUCAACUGACCUCCAGGAGAGACAUCAAGAGAGCACUGGGGGUUGAAGACUUGGAACCUGAAGAUGUUAAACCCGAGUCUGAAUUAUCCUUUGUUCCAAACUACCUGGUGAACCCAGCCGCACCUUUCACCUACUCCCGAGACAGCGUCAAACCGGAGACUACUACCCCCUGCGUGGAGAACGGUACCUCUCACUCUCCGCCGCCGCCCGCGGCUGGAUUCCCGCUGCUGAACAAUGGGGUGGAGAACAUUCACAUCACUACCUCAGUGAAGAAGGACGACAAGUUCCCGGCCUUGUUUUAUAACGGAGAAGUGCAGCUCCCGCCGGAAUGUACGCACUCGCCCGUGCAGGGGGGCCCCGUCGCCCAGAACUGCAGCAUGUACUCCCCUGUCCCCUCUAAUCUACCACAUGGGGGCGCUCACGGUGGACCUAUGCAAGUGUUUCAGCCGUUCUUCUUUACUGGAGCCUUCCCAUCCAAUAUGAAAGAACUAGUCCUGAAGGUGAGAAUUCAGAGCAGCUCCCCUGGGGACAACGACUUCAUCGAGGUGGAGAUGGACCGGGAGGAGCUGACGUACCGGGAGCUGCUGCGCGUCUGCUGCUACGAGCUGGGGGUCGGCCCCGACAGCGUGGAGAAAAUCCGGAAACUACCCAACACCGUGCUCAGGAAGGUGCGAGAUGGGAGGGGCCACACACAUCGGGGUAAUGUCCGCCCGACCGUCACACAUGAAUGACGACAGAUGAGGGUCAGGCAGAGUUCGGCAUGGCGCCAGAUGUGUCCAGCUUACGCCACUCUGCCUGCUCUGAGCCGAGCAUGCACGUGUACGGGGGAUGGGAAGAAAGGCUUGGGGCGGGAUGUGCCUCACUGCUAGCAGCGGGAAGGACAUCACAUGGGAGCCCAUUGAAGGGUUACGUAACUAAUAGUGGCCCUCACUUAGACAUUGCGGGUAUAUCGCUAGGAGGGGCUACUAAUGUCAUGGGUGGGUCCGGUCACCAGAACGAGCCCCCGAAUGUGAAGGAGAGCACACCACUUGUGCGUAGUGUGCUGCCUAUUCAGUGGGGGGAGGGAAAUAAGCUACUGCCGGACCCCUCUGCCAUCCUCUCCCUUGCCAGGCUCCUCUGCCCCCCUCUCCCUUCGCUGGGCCCCUCCUCUCCCUUU